AUGUACGACCCCGAGAGCGGCUGGAGCCUGUCCUUCGCCGGCUGCGGCUUCCUGGGCUUCUACUACAUCGGGGUGACCCGCUGCCUGAGCGAGCGCGCCCCGCACCUCCUCCGCCACGCGCGCAAGUUCUUCGGCGCCUCGGCGGGCGCGCUGCACUGCGCCUUGUUCCUCUCCGGGAUCCCGCUGGACCAGACAUUGCAGAUCGUCAUGGACCUCGUCCAGAGUGCCAGGAGCAGGAACAUCGGGAUCCUUCACCCGGCCUUCAGUUUGAGCAAACAUAUCCGAGACGGUCUCCAGAGAUACCUCCCUGACAACGUCCACCAGCUCGUCUCGGGCAAGAUGGUCAUCUCGCUUACCAGAGUGUCCGACGGAGAAAAUGUGCUGGUGUCGGAUUUUCAUUCCAAAGAUGAAGUCGUGGACGCCCUGUAUUGUUCCUCCUACAUCCCUCUCAUCUUUGGCUUGAUCCCCCCUUCCUUCAGAGGUGUGCGAUAUGUGGAUGGAGGAAUAAGUGAUAACAUACCCUUCGUUGAUACCAAAACGACCAUCACUGUGUCCCCCUUCUAUGGGGAGAGCGACAUCUGCCCCAGAGUCAAGUCCACGUUCUUUCUUCACGAGGGCUUCACCAAGCUCAACAUGUCCUUCUGCACAGAGAACCUCUACCUGGUGUUCCGGUCGCUGUUCCCGCCGGAUGGCAAGGUGCUUGGAGAGCUGUGCCUUCAAGGAUACGUAGACGCGCUCAGGUUCUUGGAGAAGAAUGGCAUCUGUGACGGGCCCCAUCCGUGCCUGAGCGCGUCCCCGGCUGAGUCGGAGCCCGGGAGCCUGGAGCCUUUUCCGGGUGUGGCCACCUGGGAGGCGGGGCCUGAGUCAGUCGAGCUGCUGGACCACGUGCGCCUCAGCGUGCUGUCCUGGGACGAGAGCGUCCUGGAGACCCUGUCGCCCAAGCUCAUCACGGCACUGAGAAAGGCAGUCAGAAACCAAGAUGGGUACAUAAACAAGAUUUGCAACUUCUUACCAGUUAAGAUCAUGUCCUAUGUAAUGCUGCCCUGUACGCUGCCCGUGGAGUCUGCCAUUGCUGUGAUCCAGAGACUGGUGACGUGGCUUCCAGACAUGCCCAGUGACAUCCAGUGGCUGUGGUGGGCCACCUCCCACGUGUGUUCUCAAGCCAUGGUGCGUCUGCUCCCCACUUCCAGAUCCCAAAUCCCAACAAGCGGCCAACGGCCUUCCUCCACAAACCAGAACACCGUGGGCACCGCCAGGCUCUCUGUUCCUCCGUGGACCCAGACGUCCGCCCUGUGGACGUCCCGCAGAGGCCAGAGCUGA